AUGUUGAUGAACUUAAAGGGCCUGAGCCACACCUUUGAGGAGAAGAAGAAAGAAGAUCUUCAACAGAGACAGACUGUGGAAAAAGUCAAAACAUCCUUAGAGGACAACAAAAAAGAGUGUCUUCAACAAAAGCAGGACAUCCUAGAAAAUGUGACAGCAACUGUGGAGGCUCUUGAGAGCAAACUGAGCGAAGUGAGCAGCCAGCUACCGCCACAGUCGUGCGCUGAUAUCAAGGGUCCGGGCCCUCGACCUGUAGUCGUUCUCCACGGUCUGAAAGUUGUCUGCGACACCGUUACUGACAACGGUGGCUGGAUCUUGAUUCAGAGACGUACCUCGGCGGACGUAGACUUUUACCGUGGAUGGACCGACUAUAAGUAUGGAUUCGGCGACCUCACAGGCAAUUUCUGGUUUGGGCUGGAGAAAAUCCACCAGCUGACAAAUAAGGAGAGAUACGAACUGAGGUUUGACAUGACAUACAAAGGAAAAGACUACUUCGCCAGCUACGACAACUUUUGGCUGCUCGGAGAACCUGAAAACUACAAAAUUCAGAUGUCGGGAUUUUCGGGUAAUGCUAGUGACAGCAUGGCUUAUCACAAUGGCAAGAUGUUCUCAACCAAGGACCGUGACAACGACGAUUUCAGUUCAGGCAGCUGCGCCAGCAGCAGACACGGAGCUUGGUGGUACUCGGUAUGCCACCGGGUGAACCUGAACGGAGCAUGGGGCAGUACAAAAUACGACAGGGGCUUGAACUGGGGUAGUGUUACGGGAUGGGAAGAUUCUGUCACCUUCAGCGAGAUGAAGAUUCGUCCACUUGCUGAGUGACAGCUGCAUGACACUCAAUACGCGACGGCUUGGUUGUAAUUCUAUUGAGAUAUUAUGUACAUAACAUUAUGUUUGUGUUUGUGUGGAGGAAAGAGAAACUCAUUGUUAGAACAUCUUAUAACAUUGCCUCCGUUUAUGGCACAAAUUUACAAAUAAAGAUCAAGAUACGCAUAGUCGGUAGUCUAGUGGUUAGGUUACUGGACUUGUAAUCGUAAGGCUAUUCAUAGGUUCAGCUUUCACCUUAAAAAUAUUGGAGACAUGUGAGUGAGGAUGAGUUAACCCAUACUAGAAAAGUGAAUGCUCCCAUGAUUCUUUUAAUUAUAAUUGAUAAUUAUAGUAAUAUGACUUUUUAUAGGGCUUAACCCUAAGGAGUAGAACCCCAAAAACACUAUACAGUGUAAAAUUAUCGAUAUAUCGUUUAAAACAACUAUUAAAUAAAAGAAAGAAAAUGUACG